AACAAUCCGUUCAAUAGAGGUUUCACGAUCUCUAUAAAACAAACGAGAGAAGUUGGAUAUACCUUCGCCGUUGUACAUUCGUGCUAUUGAUUCCUGGUGUACAAGCAAUACAUUUUUGAGGCUUCACUACCCCUCUUGAGGGAGUUCAUGUUGAAUAUACUCUAUCCCCUACCCUGUCUGCAUAGCACAGGUGUAAGGAAAAAAAGGAGGAAAAGAGAAAAGAAAUAGCGGGAGUUGCGGAGCCACUGUGGUACCCACACGAACUUCUCAACCUGGUAGUGAUUCAAUUACCAUUAGACUAUCCUUCAUCGGUCCGUCAUACCGGACAGCUUAUUCCGAUGUUUAAUUAGUUACAACGAUUAUCGUUCGUCAAAGUAUCUCAUGAUGGAUCUGAAGGAGGAAGACGAUGGUGGCAACGACAGUGGUAGACAAUUAUUUUUGGUGGGUGCACCCCGUGAUCCGUUGGUAUCCGCUGGUGCGAUCGUCGCCUCCGCUGGUGUGCCAGACGAGAUCAACCCUGGAGGAGAUCUACAGUCGACGGCUCUGGCUGGUCUGAUAGGCGCGCAAUCUUCCUCGGUUUGCUUUCCAACAAAAUUCUCUUAUGAUUUUUCGCCGAGCCCGGGAAGCGAGGAUAGGCAGCCCUCCGGCGUUGGUAAGAGGAAACAGCGCAGAUACCGCACCACUUUCACCAAUUUCCAGCUGGAGGAGCUUGAGAGAGCCUUUCAGAAGACACACUAUCCUGAUGUAUUUUUUCGUGAAGAUCUUGCUUUACGUAUACAAUUGACAGAAGCUAGAGUGCAGGUGUGGUUCCAAAACAGGAGGGCAAAGUGGCGGAAGCAAGAGAAACAGUGCAAAGUAACCACUCAUAUGCCUUCACACUUGCCACCAUCGGAUUGCCAAGAAGUUCAACAGCAACAGCAGCAACAACAGCCGGAUCAUUUGCUAUUAGAACCACCAUUGGGAAGCCCACCGCCCAUAUAUCUUGGCAUGGAAUGGGCAGGCUUUUCACCAUACAGUAACACUGCCACUGCAUCGCCUCUUGUAGUUAAUAGCAUGAACAAGGCACUAGAGUCGGAGACAGAUGAUAAUCCUUUACUGGAUCCAGAGCUCUUGCAACUGAAAACUCCACGUUCCUAAUGUUACUAAUUUAUGCCUAUACAGUAGUGUAGUGCGUCAAUAAUAUUCCUCCUAUGAUACAAUAUAAGAUAUUUCUUGAAUGUCUGAUGCGAUAAUUGUUUGCAAUGGCACUUGAAUUAUGUAAUACAGAGUGAAGCAAUGGUAAUUAUCGUUUUAACACUCAGAGAUUGGAAAAUAAUACUAAAGUGGUAAUGAUUGCUGCCUCACCCUGUACAACGAAUAAUAUUAUUACCAGUUCUAAUUGAGAUUAAAUUUAAGGACGAGGGACCAGAGACUUUAUCAUUAAAAAAAAAUUAACGCUAAAAGUACUUUGACUAUUGUUAUGUAGAUUUUGUAAGAAUAUAGAUAUAAAUUUAUUCUUACCGCGGGUUCGAUGAAUCCCGGACUAAGCAAUGGCAAUUGUACAUUUAAGCAACAGAAUCAAAAUUAAAUUUCUAUCUAUGGGAGAGA